UCCCGGGUUCUGCGUUCUUUCUCGAUUGUCUCGAGUAUCUCAGCCACGUGCUUAAGCUAUGGAUCGUUAAGAAACUCUGCUCCUCCUUUCUUGAUGAAAUUCUACUUGAUAUAGUUCCUUUCAGAAGAAUUUGAACUGUUGGAAAAACUGUUGACAAAAUAAAGAAAAUCUUGAUUAUUUUGCAAAAGAUCACUGAAAUCCUCAUCCAUUUAGAAAAUGUAAGAUUUCUGGAAAACAAAUAGACAAAACCUGAUGAUGAAAUUUCCGAAAGUUGAAUGAAAACUCAGCAAAGUGAAAUUUAUAUACAUGUAGGUGUAAGCUGUAUGAAUCAAUUGAAUUACAUGAAUAUUUUCUACUAUAGUUGAAAACAGUAUAAAAUUUUUUCCUAACAUGAAGAAACUCCUCGACGAAUUCAUCGUUCUGAUGAUUUCACAUCUUUUCGCAUUCCAUUUUUUACUGCAUUUAUCGGAAGGCUUCUCUGACAUAAACGCUGUCUCCUACACAUGGAAGACAAAACCGUGGAGCUCUUGCUUCAGCAGAGUGAGGUGUGGCGAAGGUUACAGGCAACGGAAGAUCGUAUGCCAGGACUCCUUUAACUUCAUGGUGGCAGAGUCGAACUGCGACGAGUCCAAAAAACCACCCAUCAUCGAUCAGUGCUUCAGGGUGUGCGACAAACACAAGGGCAUGCUCAGGUGGCGCAUUGGCGCUUGGUCUUCAUGUAUACCCACAGAGUCUAUGCCGACAACAUCCUGCAUAGGGACUUCCAUAGCAGGGGUGGCUCAUAGAAAAGUUAGUUGUGCUUUUGGAUCCACCCAGAAGACAGUGGACAAUUCGGCUUGCGAGCACUUUUGGGACAAACCUGAGUCAGAAAUGGCAUGUUCUUUGGACUGUCCACAGAACUGCAUUGUGGCCAAAAGAAAUAUUUCCUGCACAUCUUCAAACUGUCCAGCUAGUACUAGUUUGAACAAAGUGGUAAUGGAAGUCGUCGUUGCUCCAACAGAUAAAGGAAUACCGUGCCCUGAACACCUCGAUGAUCCGGUGUGUCCUUCAGCAUCUUUAUAUGGAGAAUGCAACGAUACUCAAGUGCAGCGAAAAAAAUACCUGCUUAAAAUCGGUGAAUGGAGUCCCUGCCAGCCCACGGAAGACAAUUAUGUAAAUAGAUUCCAGCCUGACAAAGAAAUUCAAAUUUCCUUAAAACCCAUCAUUGGAGUCAGUCAGAGAAAUAUCACUUGCAUAACGGAUGAAGGGGCUGUCAUGGAUUUAAGCUUCUGCAUCAUAGAAGAGAUUCCUAUCCAGGAGAGGCGGUGUGUGGUACCUGUUGACUGCUCCGUGUCCCCCUGGAGCGAAUGGCGAGUGAAGAGGGAAGGCUGCAUCACUUCCGAUGGAAAGGUCAUUCCGGAGAUUCGAACUCGGAGCCGGCGACUAGUGCAAAUGCCGGUGGGCUCCGGAUCAGAGCCAUGCCCACCUUUGUAUGAAGAGAGGAACGUUUCACAGGAUCUUCCCUCGUGCUACAAAUACCAGUGGCUUCCCUUGGAAUGGAGUUCUUGUGAAGUUCGUUUACAUGGCUUUCACGGUGAAGUGACAAUAAUCCGACCCACUUGUGGAAAUGGUCUCCAGUACAGGAAUCUUACCUGUGUCAGAGCAGUUGAUGUCGUACCCGUGAGUGAUGAGAACUGCAGGGAGCCUCGACCGUCAGCAGUUCAGAGAUGUGAAGUUCCAUGUAGGAGAGACUGCCAGGUGUCCCACUGGUCGCGCUGGGGACCGUGCUCCUUCACCAACAAGAAGAAUUUCUACGAACAAAAAGGUUACAGGAUACGCGAACGUAGCAUCAUUGUAAACCCGAGCAAUGGAGGGCGUCCAUGUCCGCACUUGCAAGAAAGAGACGCUUGUUUUGAGAUCGAGCUGUUCAACUGGCAAUACGGUAGCUGGGGAAACUGCACACUUCAAGACCCCCAAGCAACCUGUGGACCGGGAAAUCGCACGAGAAACAAGACAUGUGUCAAACUGAGUGGUGCUCAUUUGGAUGACUAUGUGUGCGACCGACAUCAUCACGCUUUUGUGAGCGAAUUCUGUCGCAUUCCCUGUCCUGACGACUGUGUGCUGUCCGAAUGGUCCGACUGGACAACAUGUUCUCUUCCCUGCACCGACAAAGACGAAGGACAACGUUCGCGGAACAGGACCUUUCUUGCUGUCGCAGGAACUGGUCGACCUUGUUGGGCGCUAACUGAAGAGAAAGACACUUGCAAUUCCUUUCUCUGUACUCCCGUUCGUUGGGUGGCAGAAGAUUGGGGUCCUUGUCUACCUCUUCAGGGUGGAGGAAGAUCAUGCGGACCUGGAAUACAGAGAAGAGAAGUGGUGUGCAUGGGGGAAAAUGGAAUUAUCAAAGAUCACAGGUGCAAAUAUCUUCAGAAACCAGAUACUGAGAAAAGCUGUCAUUUGCCUUGCCCAGUUGAUUGCGCAAUGACGAAUUUUUCGGACUGGUCAUCUUGUGAAGCUGAUUGUGAUAAAGAUGCCAUCCAGUACAAGCAUCGGUUUGUGAUUCAGUCUCCUAAAUAUGGAGGUAAACCAUGCCCGGGGGCCCUCUUAGAAGAAAGAUUGUGCACAAAAGCUCUGGAAACAGCCUGCCUGAGACAGAGGAGCAACGCCAAACCAGCUUACCAAUGGAAUACAAGUUCAUGGAGCGAGUGUCGGAUUCCGGCCAAAAACCAGAGUUGUGGAAUGGGUUUUCAAGUUAGAAAUGUUAGCUGUUUGGAUGAGAACGAUCGAGAAGUUGAACCACAUUAUUGCCUCACAGAAAUCGCAGGAAAUACAACGUUCGUGCCCUCUGCUUUGAGGUCAUGCGAGAUCACCUGUUCUACGGGGUGCGUGCUGACCACUUGGAGUGCCUGGUCACCUUGUGGCUAUUCUUACGAUUCCAGACGAUUUCGGCGCAGGGAGCUCGUAGAUUCUUUAUGGACAAAUAACGAUUGUACGGCUACUUUCAAGUUGGUAGAAGAAGAAAAAUGUCCGGGAAUUCCAGAUUCUUCCGGACAGAGUGAGAAUCAUUGGCUAUCUUGUAUUGUGGAAGAAUCCAACGUGACAACUGUUAAUGGACAGAGACUGAAACACGACUGUGGUAGAGGAUACAGGUACAAGUUUGACAUGCAAGUCAAUGCCGAAACUGGAACUGGCCCAGGUUUGCAAAGAGACAUGUGCUUCGUGGACUGCCCAUUGGAUUGCCAAAUGUCCGAAUGGUCAGAGUGGAGCGAAUGUAACGUUCCUUGUGGCCGAGGGUUCAGGGAGAGACGAAGAGAAAUUCUUGUGCCUGCAAAUGCCCUUGGACGACCUUGCCCAGAAACAAUUAACAACACAGAGAUCCAAAAGGACGAGUGCCAUAUCAUUUGUGCAAAUUUUCACUGGCUGGCAGGAGGGUGGAGCAGAUGUAUCCUCAACAAUACAGAAGCAGACUGCGGGGAUGGGAUGCAGUAUAGAUCUGUGAGGUGCCUCGAUAAAUGGACAGAAGAAGAAGUGGAAGAUUCCAAGUGUGACCCACUGUUGAAACCAUCUUCCAUAUCUUCAUGCCGGCUGCACUGCCCAGGAGAGUGCGUCGUUUCACCGUGGACCAUCACAAAGAAAUGCUCAGAACCUUGUUCGAAGGAGAAUUACUUGGAAAUGAGAAGAACUGUGUUGAGACAGCCCAACUCCACCGCUGACCCCUGCCCACCGCUCGUCUUCCGCACUCACUGCAUCUUGAAUGAGACGUGCCAUGAGCACGAUUUCGUCCCUCAGCCCUGGGGAUCCUGCGUGUUGGCGGAAGGGGCGCUGUGCGGAGAGGGCGUCCAGAAAAGACCCGCUCAGUGUAUGAGGAGCGACGGGAGGCAAGUGGACGCUGUGCAGUGUGAGAAAAAUCACAAGUCCCUUUCAUCGAAUGAGCCCAUGUCUAAGCCAUGCUACAUUGAUUGUCCAGUCGAUUGUGUGCUGUCCGAAUGGUCUGCUUGGAAUGAAAGUUCCUGUUCACCUUGCGGUCAACCUGGAGUGAUGACACGAACGCGUUGCGUUCUACAGAAACCCAGUGACGCCGGUCAACCUUGCUCGCCAGAAUUAGAGCAAAAGAAGCCCUGUCCUUUCAAGGCAUGUUACCACUGGAAACAUUCAGAAUGGUCUCCUUGUGAUCUGGAGUAUGGCGAUUGUGGAUAUGGUGUCCGUCGACGUCUCGUCGAAUGCAUUCGUUACGAUGGGCUUCAAGUAGACAAGAUGUUCUGUCUUACCCUCAAUCUCACCUUCCCGACGGACAAUUGGCUUGAUCCCUCGUGGCUAAUUUUGGCGCAAGAAGACAGCCAAGAAGAGCAAAUGUGUCACAUUCCUUGUCCUGGUGAUUGUGUUGUCAGUGAGUGGAGUCCAUGGAGUCACUGUCACAGAAACUGUAGAAUUGGACAAAAAGUUGGUUACCAGACAAGCUCAAGAAAAAUUCUGUUCUCCUCGAGCCAAGAAUCCAAUUCAUGUCCCAUUAAACUCUGGAGGACGAGACCUUGUUGGAGCAAUGAUUGCAACUUUUUCCGAUGGAGAUUGAAAAAUGCAUCGUUAAUUUGUGAAGGAAGAGAUGGAACUAUUGUUGAAGCAGCUGGUUGUAUUGCAGAAUCUCCUCCUUGUGAAUACUGGUGCAAUAAGCUGGGCGGCACGUGCAACGCGUCCACGGGGCUCUGCCGCUGCACUGCCAAUGGCGCAUUUCAGGGGGCUCUCCUGCCGGGUCCUUCGUCCUCCCCUUGCUCCCCCACGGGAAAGGGCCCUCACCCUCCAGCCAAUCAUUCCGCUCCAACUUCUGAGAUUCGCCUCAUGUAUUAUCCAGAUGACAGUCAGGUUAGUUUCUGGAUGUACGCUAUGAUUUCCAUUGGCACAGCUUUCGUUAUUUUCGUGGCGGUUACAGUUUACCUCAUGUGUCGUUCGAGUCUUCGCCAGAGGUCAGUUAGCGUGGAGCGGCAGCCCAGCGUGCGGAGAAGGGUCAACGCGUCCAGGCAAAUCAGUGACCACUGUAACACCGACGGACUCCCCAACAGCACCGGAAAUAACUGCACCCAUCACAACUGACCAGCCACCGAUCUGCAUUCGUUUAAUAAAGCAUAUCAUCAUACUACUCGAUAUUUAUUUGUGUUUUUUUGCUUCCAGUUGCAAAGAUAUUAUACAAUGGAAACUUUACCAUGAAUUCUUUAUGCGGUACAAAGAUAUUGAGAACUGAAAUAUUCUUUCGCUCCAUAUUUCUGACUAAUAAGUGAGGGAUAAAAUCUAUGGCAUAUCGUUUGUUUCAGCUCCAAAUAAGGAUAUAACUGAUACCAACUGAAUUUUAAGCUGAAGUAUUGCUUCAAGACAAUGUAUGAAAGAAAAAAAAAACUAUGGCGCAUGUUUUGGUUUGGCUCCGACCAGGACAAUAUUGGGUGACAAUUGGAUAUCGUUCAAAUCAUUUUUAUUUUGAUGUAUUUCAACUAUAAAAUCCUAAGCAGAACCCAAAUAUCAUUGCUGUGGAAUCCAUGGACAAUGGGCAUUUAGUGGACAGUAUACUCGAUAUUGCAUACAACUAAAUCACGAUGGAAUGAUAAAGAGAAUCUGAAGAUUAAAAUAAAGAACUAGGUCAAUUAAACGUCUCUCAUUUUAACCCUUUCAACACUGAACCUCCCCAAUCGGCCGUACAUAUUCUAUACUAAAGAGCCCGUUUCUGUUUCAAACCAGGAUUGCAGGAUAUAAAACAAGUUAUCACCAAGGAUGUCUUCGCUUUUUAUCCUGCGCCCCUCGUUUUAAACAGGAACUGCCAAGGCAAUAUAGAAUUUGCAUAAACGAUCAGGCGGUUUGGUAGUGAAAGGGUUAAAAUAUGGACAGAAUAUCGAUUUGUGUUGUUUAAUAUUAAAUUCAAAAUACACUAAUUACUUUCUCAAAUCAUAAAUGGCAUAUAUAGAAUUAUUAAUUGGGCCUAACUAUACACACUUUUUACCGAGCUGUUAAUUUGAAUUUCCACUUGCUGUAGUUUCAUUACAUACUUAAAAAGGAGGAACCAUUAUGUUUUAUUUGGAAACAAUGGGAACAUCUCAAGAAUGCUCCAAAAAUGUAUCUGCUGUACUUUUAUAUCAUCCUUCUCGUAGCAACAACGAGUUUGUAUCUAGUUUGUUUUUACUAUGAAAACAUCUCAAGAAUGUCCCAAAAAUGUGUAUCCUUCACUUAUUACUAAUUAAAAUUUUCUAUCAGCAUUCCUAAUAUAACUAAGAUGAAAAAAGUCAUUAAUUUGCAUUGACUCGAAAUUUAAUAUAAAAAUUGCAUUAUCUGAAGUUUGGAGAAAUUGUUUUGGAUUAGAAUGCUCAUUAUUAAGCUAUCUGGAUUAAUUAAUUAAUGAAGUUGAAAAAAUGUGAUUUCUUACUUCUACAAAAUGCUUCAGAUAUGAAAAUUGCUCGAGGUAUUCAAACAUCUCUGAUCCAAAAUACCGGAAAUUUUUUUGUUCCAUAUUUACAGGCGUUGUAUUCUUUCUUUUAAAUAGCAGUGAUUUUUUUUAGUAAUGUUGAUAUAUAAAAUACUUAAAGCCAUGCUCUAUGCAAGGAUUUAUUUUUGUAUCUUUCAUUUUUGCCUUUUUAUAAGAAACACUGAAUAAUUUGAUUAUUAUUUAAUAAAAUAAUUGACUCGUUGCAUUUUUAACGCAAAAUGAGUAAGAGAAAUUUUACUAACGAAGACUGGCAUAGCACAUUGAAUUUUUGAUUCAUUUAACAUAAAAAUAAGAGUUGAAAACAAUAACUGCUUGUAUCAAUUUAUAUGAUUUUAACUGAAAAAUAAUCGCACUAUGUGAAAUUAAAUUAAA